AUGGACCCAACGCACCGCACCCACGGUCCACCAUCGUUACCGCGAGCUCUCCUGCUCCGCUUGGUCAGCAUCGCAACCCGACUCACGACCCUCAUUGUCAAGGUCAUCGGCACAGCAUUAGCUGUGUUCCUCGUCCCUCGCACGAUCCAUGUGCUUGUGCUCUGCCUGGACGGCCUGUACGAAAUGCUGGGCCGCCGCGCCGCCUCGCCUUGGGAAUUGCAAAGCUUCUCUGGUUUCGGAGCUGUUGUUGGGCUCCUGAUUAUGGCUGUGCUGCAUCACCUGCUUUUCCUAAUUGGGUACGGUGCUAUCUUUGACGAAGAUCUGAGCGGGCCCUAUAAAGAGGGCGCGGAGAAAGGGAAGAGGGGAGUCACGUGGGAGAGGGUAUUAAUGAGAGUCAUUAUCCCGCUGUUUCUAUACGGAGGAUUGUGUGUACUAGCGUGGAGAGUGUGGAAGCUAAGUGGAGAUGGGAGGGAGGUUGUCAGAGCGAACACCGUGGAUUUGGUGGAUGAUGCUGGGGCAGGGUUGGUGUGGAGGGAUCGGUAG